AAUGGGUCGACGUCCAUCAUGGCCGUUACAUAAAUGAAUUCAUUCAGGCUUGACCUGCAACCACCAUGGCAGUCAAGCUCAACCUCCAGCAGCUCGUCAACGCCUUGCUGUCAACCCUCUUGUCCGACUCCAAAAAGGGAAAAAAAUGGGAUAUUUCAAUUACAGAGACAGACGAAAUAGAACGCAAACUCCAAAUCGCAGCAUCUGUCCUCCGAGGCCUACGAAACUCUCUCCAACCCAUUAACCGCCUUCCCCCCGAACUCCUCUCCCAAAUCUUCCUCGAAACAAAACAAAACCUACCCUCCUUCCUCCCUCUCGUCAAAGGCGGCAUCCGCUCCUUCGAAAACCACUCCUGGCUCUCCUUAACCCAUGUCUGUCGACACUGGCGCGGCAUCGUCGCUUCCUCUCCACCACUCUGGGGCACCAUCGACAAUCUCCGUGGAGGUGUCGAUCCCGAGCUAUCCCUCAAACGAUCUCGGAGAGCCUUAUUAGACGUUUUCCUAUCCAUCACCGGGCCUGAAUUCUUACCCAUCUCAGAAGAUCUCAUCCAUCACCUCAUACCCCACAUCCCACGUAUCCGACAAUUCCACAUCAACACCGACGGAUGGUUCAACUCCACUCCCAUCUAUGGCUUCCUCAAUAGGGGAGAGGGAGAGGAGGGCGGCGGCGCGAUGUGUUUGGAGAGUUUGAGUAUUGUGACGAAGGGACGAGAUGUGGUGGGUGGGGUGUUACCGAGGAUAUUUGAUGAUAGGAUGCCGGUGUUGAGAGCGGUGACCUUGGAGCAUUUUACAUCUUGGCCUGCGGGUUAUUUUAGACAUUUGACGCAUUUGUGUCUUUUUGAUCAGUGGAAUGAGGGUCCGGUGGCUAGACCUUCGACUAGGGAGUUUUUGGAUUUUUUGGAGGGGUCGCCGGGGUUGGAAGAGCUUGCUGUUGUUAGGGCUGGGCCGACCAGAGAGGAUGAGGAUGAUGUGCCGAGGGUGGUAGGGAAGAGGAAAGUUGUGUUGGGGAAACUGAGAGAGUUGAGUUUGGGGGAUUGGCCCUCGAUGGGUGUGGUGAAGAGGUUUUUGGAGCAUUUGAGUCUUCCGAAGGAGACGAAGAUGUUUAUUUGGGGCCAUCAUUUCCCUUCUGGUGGGAGUGGGGAUUUGGGAUCGUGGAUACCGGAUGAUACAUCCCAUCUCCAUCCUAUACUUGGGUUAUCCGAGAUAUGGAUAACGCGUAUGCCAGAAACAUGGGCUCGAGGUGAAUGUCCGUUUAUCGCCAUUCUCGACGGGGCUUUGUACCUGUGGGGGUUUUACUCGACAUCUCAAAUCCGUGGGUUGGCGGAGAAAGUACCGUUGCGGUCGGUGAGGAAGAUGCAGUUGAGGGAUUGUUUCCCGUAUCCGGAUAGGAUGACGGAGAGGAUGUGGAGGGAGUGGUGGUUCCAGAGGAUGGAUGCGUUGGAGUCGAUUACGGUUUUGGCUAGGGAUUGUCCGGUUGUGACGAGGAGUGUUCUGGGUGGGUUGUAUCCGAAGAAACAAGAGGAGAAUCGUGGAAUGAAGGGGGUAUUGGUCAGAGGUGUUGGAGGGAAGGUUACUAGGGAUCGGCGGCCAGCAGAACGAACCCAUACAGGGAAAAAACCAUUCAAACCGAACCCCGACGAAACCUCCCCUCCUCACGCCAAUUCUCUCAAAUCGCAUGGCCCUGGCGAAGCUACCACCGAUCGAGGAGGAAACGAUGUACCCAGCACCAGUACCAGUACCACACCCACACCCACACCCACACCCACCCCAACCAUCCUCUGCCCAAACCUAACCCACAUCCGUAUCGAAGACAACCCACACAUCCCUACGCUCUUCAUAAGCUCCCUCGCCAAAUCUCGAGCACAUCGCGGAAGCCCGUUGAAGAAACUUGAAGUGUUAUAUCUUGAUUCUGUGUUGAACCCUCCGAGGAGUGUUACUUCGGGUGCGGGAUGGGGGGGAUCGACGAGGAGGUUUAGUUCGAGUACGAGUUCUGUUGGGACGGUGGGGAAUCCUCCUGUUACGGGCGUCACUGCUACCACUACCACUACGCUCACAACUACUACUGCUACAGAUGCGGCUACGGCUACGGCUGCUACGGCAGGUGACGUCGGUGAAGAGCAGGGGAGUGCUAGUGCUAGUGCUAGUGAAGUUUCGGAAGAAGAAGAAGACGAAGGGAUUGAUCCUGAGUAUCGUGGGUUUACAGAGAGCGAUUAUAGGUUGUUGGGAAAGUAUGUGGAUGAGGUUGUGGUGGAUGUGUGUAAGGAGAAGUUGGCGGAUGUGGGUCCGCCUGAGUGGCCUAAUCAGGUGUUUCGGUGGACGUUGCCUACUAGAGGAGGGCCGUGAGGGGGUUUUGGUUGGGGUAUGGACUGUCAAUGAUGACGCUUUUAUGACUAUUGACGAUAUGGAUAUAUGUGUGUAUCCGUUAGUAACGAUAAUCGUGUAUGUUUAUUGGAAAUUUUUGACUACGGUG